GUUUCUCGCAUUCAGGUGUCACGGACUGCCGAUCAAGUCGCCGUUGCAGGUGUUGUGGUCGUUGCUGUCUUGGACAAAAUUGAGUCUGUUUUUGGCUGCGCUGCGCUCCGACUACUCAAAGUGGAAUAGAAAUUUUUGCAACGAAACUGCUGCAGUUUUACGAACUUUAAAGCAAAAUUGUUUUCCAGUGUCGAAAAGAGCCAUUUAAACAACGAUCUUUGCAAAUAUUUAAGCCUGAACACGUUAAUUGCUGGUAUUCCAUAAAAGUACACUGAGAGAAGCUGAAUUUGAAAUGAACAACAACAUAAAGGAGUUCUCUAGCAUAGAGAAUCAGCUCAUUACGCCCACAUUAGAUGAAUCGACCAUACAGAAAUUUUAUAAGGAUAAAGGUGUUUUUCUUACUGGUGGAACAGGUUUCUUCGGAAAAAUCAUAAUCGAGAAAUUACUGCGCGUCACCGAUGUGAGCCAAAUCUAUCUACUUAUACGCACAAAAAAGGGUAAAGAUGCCUAUACCCGCAUCGAUGAUCUAUUCAAUGAUCCUGUGUUUGAGAAAUUGAAAAAAUGCAAUCCCAAAUAUCGGCAGAAAAUCACUAUCAUCAGCGGUGAUUGCUCGCUGCCAGCAUUGGGCAUCACGCAAACGGAACGUGAGCUAAUCAAGGAGAAUGUAAACAUUGUCAUUCAUGGGGCGGCGACGGUGCGUUUUAAUGAGAAAUUGAAAAUGGCCAUUGCCAUAAAUGUGAAUGGUACAAAGGAGAUAUUGCAGUUGGCCAAGGAGAUUGUCCACUUAAAGGCAGUCGUACACGUCUCAACCGCCUUUGCCCACUGCAAUCACCGCUACAUACAGGAACGAUUUUAUCCUAGCAAUAUUACUGGUGAGAGUGCCUGCAAGUUGGGUGAUUGCCUCGAUGAGCAUACACUCAACGAGCUGACAGCCUCCAUAAUCAAAGGAUAUCCGAACACGUACACGUACACGAAAGUCCUUGCUGAGGAUAUUGUGCAAAAUUAUGCGGAGAAAUUGCCAGUGACGAUAUUUCGGCCAGGCAUUGUUAUCACGACAUACAAGGAACCAGUGUCCGGUUGGAUCGAUAACAUGUAUGGACCAUGCGGCAUGAUUGUUGGCAUCGCCUCCGGUGUACUGCGUGUAUUCAGUGGGAGGGUGGACAGCAAAGCUAAUCUAGUACCCGUGGAUUUGACAGUGAAUGCGCUUCUAGCAAGUGCCUGGGAUAUAGCACGUAACACUUACGACGAACCGCCCAUUUACAACUACGUGCCAGACGCUGACAAUAUGGUCACCUGGAGAGAGUACAUGGUUUAUGGCUUCGAAUAUGGCUGCAAUAUACCAAUGCACAAAUCCAUUUGGUAUCCCUGUGUCACAAUCGUUCCCUGGCGUUGGCAGUUUGUGAUUUUGUCAUUUCUAUAUCACACAGUGCCAGCGAUGUUUAUGGAUUUGUCCAUGAUUGUUGUUGGGAAAAAACCCAGAAUGUUGAAGAUUUAUCGUAAAAUACAUCAAUUCUGCGGUGUGAUGGAAUACUUCGCCUCGAAUGAUUUCAAAUUUGAUAAUGAUAAUGUCCGCAUGCUAUCGGCGAAAUUAGAGGGUGCAGAUAAACAGAUAUUCGGUUUCGACAUGCGUUAUAUUGAUUGGAAAGAACUCUUUCGAGUCAGUUUGGUGGGUUUGCGCUUGUACGUGGUGAAGGAUGAUCCACGAAGCGUGCCGGAAUCGAUAAAGCGUCAUGCGCGACUAAAAUUGCUGCAUUACUCAACGCUCUUCAUUAUAUACUCAGUGGUGUUAGCGUUAUUAUAUAAGAUUAUAAGCUUUUUUAUAUUUUAGCAUUCAAAUUAGUUGAUUUUUAAUAUUAAUAUUGAUAUGCAUUUUCCAAUUAUUGUUUUCUACAUAACUACAUUUAUACGGAAAAGGAAGUACAAAAUUAAUAAAAAUCCGCAAUUGGGAAAUUAUCUUUGGAAUUCGUAGAAACUAAUAUACCAGUAUAUAAACAUAAUAUAUACAUAUGUAGGAUACUCUUUCAAUAAAAACGACGAUAUUUAAAUUUA